GGCUGUCACAGUAUCUGUGGAAAUUCGAGUUUUGUUUGGGCGCGUCGAUCGGGCAAAACGUAGCAAGCCCAGCCCCCCUGACUAUGGAAACGAAGGCUACAGAUGGCUAUCUUGCCAGUAACAGCACCUGCUCUCCCAGCAAGGAGCAUGCCAGGAUGCUGGUAGACCUGUCAAUGACCAUGCCAAAUGGACAGCCCACUGCCCUCCAGGUCAACUCUCCUGUCGAAACAUGGAGGAAGGUGCAGGAGGAAGGUGCAGAAGAGGAAAGGGUAAAGAAGGAGCCGGGUCUAGAGGAGAAGGGCCAAAAUGGGGAGGAAGGAUCUGGAUUGGAGGAGCCUAUGAUUGACAGCCCCAACAACCUGCAGGAUGGAGACCCAAGAACAGAGGGAUCAUGUGACGCAGCAGCGCUGCUGCCCAAUGAGAGACCUGCAGAUGAGAGGCCAUUCCAGUGCAUCCAGUGUGGUGUUUCCUUCACUCAGAAGGGCAACUUGCUGAGGCACAUCAAGCUCCACUCAGGGGAGAAGCCCUUCAAGUGUCCCUUCUGCAGUUAUGCCUGUCGUCGCCGUGAUGCUCUGACCGGACACUUGCGCACACACUCAGUGGGCAAACCACACAAGUGCAACAACUGUGGGCGGAGCUACAAACAACGUGCGUCAUUGGAGGAGCACAAAGAGCGCUGUCACAGCUUCCUGCAUCAAGUGAACAUGGACGCCCUGAAUUCCGGAUCAUACCAAGGAGAAGACCCUCCUAAGGAGCAGCGGCCUCUGAUGGAUGCCGUGAGUGUCACGCCGUUCAACCGGCCGCUGGUGAUCGAGAGACUGCAGGGCAAUGUGGGGAAGAGAAAGAGCACCACACCACAGAAGUUUGUGGGAGAGAAACUGGUACGCUACAGCUACCCAGAGCUGCCCCAUGACAUGAGCCUGAACUAUGACAGGGAGGCGGACCUCUUCAAAGCCCACAUGAUGGACUCUGCCAUCGCCUACCUGGGUGCCGAUGCCCUGAGGCCCUUCCUCCCCCAUCCAUCUAUCAGUACAAUGAACCCCCUCUUCACCCAGCCAUACCUCUUGGGGCCCAGGGAUGCCCCACCCCCACCGCCCACUCUUCUGGAGUUUCCCCCCACCUCCAACAGCCCCAUCACCCUUGCCCAACCCAAGAACUCCCAGCCCCCCCUGAGGGAGUCACCUAGCAACAGCCGGCCGGAUUCCACAGAGUCUGAACUCAACAGCCCCCCAGAGAGGACGGGCCACCCUCCAAACCACAUCCUCCAGCAAGAGUCCAGCCCCCCCUACGGGAGGGAGGAGAGCCAGGAGGGAGCGGCUGACCGUGCAUUCAGAGGUGGGGCUUUCCGCGUUUUCGCUGGGGAUGGGCGGGAGGUCAAGGCCUUCCGAUGUGGGCACUGCCGGGUUCUCUUCCUGGACCAUGUCAUGUAUACCAUCCACAUGGGUUGCCACGGUUACAGGGACCCUUUGGAAUGCAACAUCUGUGGGCACCACAGCCAGGACCGCUAUGAGUUCUCCUCACACAUCGUACGCGGGGAACACACUUUCCACUAGGGGGCAGAGUUGGCAGAACUGAGCUCGGAGGGUAUGGUCUGUGUGUGAGUCUCAGGCUAACCCAUGCCUAUGUGGACGUUGAUGCACAUAGCAUAGCACACUGUACCAUACUGAACAUACACAUGGUGGUCUGGGUUCAAAGAAUUCAUUUUCCAUUUUCCUUUGAAAUCUGUUUAGGAGAUUUGGGUACAAGUGGGGUUACAGUGGUAAGUGAUAUUGUGAUAAGUGACUUUUUUCCCUCCAUUUUCAAAGGUUAUCAUCCUUGGGCGUAUCUGAAGUAAAAUCUUAGCAGAGCAGCUAUGAAUGCAAACUGUGAUGAGGUCUGAAUAAGAUUCUUUGGAGUCUUGUAGUGCAAAAUCUCAAAAUCUUGAUAGCACAUCUAGGUCAGAGUGCAAGAGGUCUAAAUAGCUGCCAAAAAUACCACUAUAACAAUGUAAAGUUUUUACAGUUUAACAUCUAUCUUUGCGCUGAUAGUAAAGAAAUUAGGCUGAUAGUACUUCAGAUGUCUGAUAUAUUUUCAAUCAGCACCCUGCAAACAUUAUGUAGUCAGCAAAGCAGAUUACAAAAAGGAGGGUUAUGGCAAAGUUUAGAGCCAGAAAGUUUAGGCAGGCAAAACAUAAUGAAUUAAAGACAGUUAACAUUUAUUUCAGAAAUAUUGUCUUUAAUUCACAAAAUUAGCCCUUUUCUACAUGUAGCAUGUUCUUCUUUAAUUUUCCUGGUUACUAUCAAUCAUCCAAUGCAGUUAGCUUGAGUUUGCCAACGUUACAGCAAUGUGUCAAUGCUACCAGUGUGGUAGAGCGGCUUGGAUCCAGAUAUCUGAUAUUUUUUGCCACUGGCAACAGAAGGGUCAUGUGACAUUUGUUUAAAAAAAAUCCUUAAAUUAUUUCUAGCUCUGUGUAAUAUUGCACAGAGCCACCAAGCCAGUCAGAAAGUUAAAUACAUUAAUUAUACAACCUAAAUGGCUAUUUAGCCAAAUAUCUAGCAAAUGUCAGCUAUCUGCAUUAGUUCUAGGUUAUGGAUAAUUUGUUUCUAUAAUAACAUAAAUAAUAGAUAGCGAGGACAGACAGCAAAUUAUCAAAUGCAUUUUAUUUCACCCUGUGUAUGUCUAAUGAUUGUAGCUACAGGCUACCUUUCACCAUAGACAGCAAGGUGUUUGAUUGGUGUUUGACAAAAUAAUUCAUACAAUUUUACAAUAUUCCACAAAGUACCUCUAUAUUUAUUUCAUAAUAAGGUCUACAAAUGCACAAAAUAAAACACAAGCAUACUGUUUUUUUUUUUUUAGUUGGUUUUCUAAUCGACUCUGUGGCAUCUUUGGUGCUUUACCCACAUGCAUAAAACAAGACUCCAAAGUCUCUUAUUCCUUUUUCCUGGCAGCUAUCAGGUGUAUUAUUAUAUGACAUUGCAUGGUAAUAGACAUGUAAGAAAUGCAAAAAAAACAUUAAUGUUCAGUUUUAAUCAUUGAAACUGUCACAGUCAUUUUAUACCUUGUCUUCUUGUCUCAUAUACUACUCAGGCUUCUAUGUCCCUUUAUGGCUAUGCCAUGUAACUGCCACAGAGCAAUGUGUGUUCAUCAUAGAUGGUAUUUCUGUGUUUCUGUGCUAUUUUAAAAGCAGGCUUAUAUAAACAGCUCAUAAUUUGAAACGAGGUAGGUGUUCUUGUAAGUCAGGUAAGUCAUCCUUCUCCUAAGAAAGUAUCUGGGAGCCCUGCCUUUUCUCUCCCAGGAUAGGAUCCUGUAAAUGUUCAACCACAUUUUUUGGUUAAGCACCUUCAUCUACUUUCAGUUACGCAGGCCAAACCUCUACGUGGCUAAAAGCACAUUCAUACAAACAUCUCAUGUGGGUCCCCACCCAACACACAACAAUGCAGACUGUUAAGCAACAUGUUUGAAAUCGAUGCACCUUUCUCACAUGCAUCUGAGCUGCCCUGUAAGUCUGUAGAAUAACGCUUUCUUUCUGAUGUCAGACUGGUCUUGUGGGAGCACGAGGCAACCUGAUUUUGUCACUAGACAUAGUGUGGCAUCACCUGAACCAAAGGGUGAAAUUAAUCUGAACUUGAGUCAUUCAAAGACUGGCACCUUCUUCAAGCUUUACCUCAUUAAGGACAAAAUCACAGGUCAUGUGGCAUAUAGACACAGAAGUCAUGUGACAAGAUAGAUAGUUAGAAGGUGAAUUAUGAAUUUAACUGUGCUAGUAUGUCUGUGUGUGUGUGUCUGUCUGUGUAUGUGUAUUUUUGGUCUCAGGCUUACUAAAAUGACUUGAAUGGAAAAAAGGCACCAAAACAAAUGUUGUAAUGUUGAUGUUAGUCCAAUAAUUGUGCUGUUUGAUUUUUUUCCUUUCCCUGGAAAGUAGUUAUUCUCUUUCAGUCCCUUCAAGCAUUUGUUUCCGCAUUGUGCACAGACAGGAUCAAAUGGUUUGUAUUCAAGAAAGGAAAAUGAAUCACUUGUGAAUCAUCAUGCAGCUUUAAUUUUCAGUGGCAAGAAGAGAAUAAAAUGUACUUGUUCAAAAAGUCAAUUGAAAGCUCUGUAUACUUGAAGUGAA